AGAGCUCCAGCCCUGUCAUUCUGGUUGGCCUUCAAGAUGUUCAUGCUUGCUUUAGUUGGGCUUGCUGGGACUCUAUAUUUGUACUCCGUCGCUCUGGAUUACACUUCAGCAGCUCUGGCAUCUGCAGCAAUAAAUUCCAUCCCGGUGACUACCUUCAUUUUAGCAGAUGGAGAAGGUGAAGGUAAAGAGGCACUCAGGGAUCGCGAAGCUCUGCGGAGUAGGACUGUGCAUUGCAGGCGCUUUGACCAUAGCUUUCUACAGAGGACCUCGUUUGAACCACUUGAAUCGCCAUCACGUCCUUACGGGUGGGAAUCAAGCUCGGGUUCAUCCUCAUCCCUACAGCAGAUGGGUCUUGGGGACCUUCCUCAUGAUCGUCUCCAACCUGACAUGGUCACUGUGGCUCUCUCUCUCUCUCUCUCUCUCCGCAGAGUGCUUUACCUGAUCUUAAAUUUGACGCAGGAACCAUUGCUGAAGCAGUAUCCUUCAGAACUCAUGUUCACCACUCUGCAAAGCCUCUUCAGCGCCAUCCAAACAUUCUUCAUCACUCUGGCGAUCGAAAGGGACUUCUCGCGGUGGAAGCUGAGCCUCGACAUGGGACUCAUCUCAGUGGCCUACUGCGGCGUCGUCGUCACCGGGCUCGCAUUCUUCCUGCAGUCAUGGACGAUACAGAGACGAGGCCUUGUUUUCUUGGCCCUAUCAGCUCCACUGACGAUGAUCAUCAUCAUGAUGCUCUCGCCUUUCCUCCCCGGAGUCUUCGUCGAUUUGGGGAGGUACGCAUUUGUCUGCAACUGCUCUGGCAACACAACUCACUGCCGGCCGCCAUGCAAUGGCGACGACAUCUUGUUGCAGCGUCCUUGGUGGAAUUCUCAUGGUUGGGGGCCUUUACAGCGUCCUGUGGGGAAAGAGAAGGGAGCAGAAAGAGGAAGAAAACCCCAACAGCGAAAGAUACCGAAGUAUGCUUGGAGGAGAAAGAAAUGGCACCACCAAGAGAAGUUCGAUGAACAUGAUUCUGGAAUCGUUGACAUGCAUAGAAUAUGUGAUAAUGUACCCCUUGCCAAACAACAUAAUCUAUUAAGUGUUAUUAUUACAUUGAGGCCGUUGACUAUCGAGUCAACUUGGCUUGAUUCAGUGUUGAAAGUAUAG